AUGCCCGCGACAGACUCGGUAUCUGUAUUUACAGAGGGCACCUUCUCGGAACAGAUCCGCGAGCUGGUAGUUUACCUUGCACGCGGCCAUCCAGAGGAAGAGAGGGCAAGCUACAUACAACCCUUCCAGGAUGUUCUGACCGUAGCAGAUAACGAGAAACCGAUCGAAGAAGACGAGGACAGGCAGAGAAAGGUUCUCACAAUGGUGGUCAGCGAGGUGAAAGGGUUGGGAGAUGGUACGGACAAGGAAAUCGAGGGAUUCUUCAACCUUUUAUUUUCUCACUUCCUCACCGUUCUACCACUUGAUGCACCCGAGACAAAAGUACAUCUAAUUGCUCUCCUACAAGCUAUAUCCUCCACUCCAGACCAAACACUGACAAAAUAUCGGAUAUUGUCAAAUAUUUUCAACGCAAUCCCUGGACAAUCUGCUCUGAGAUUACUCGUUUAUAAGACGCUGAUAGAAAUCGCAAGCGCAAGUGACGAGCUCGAGCAUCUUACCCUCGAACGAGCAAAAGUUGAGAAGUGGCUACAAGAGUGGGAUGUCUCGCAGCAGGAGAAGAGCGACUUCUUGAAAUCGAUCGCCGAUGCCUUUGCUAAAUGUCAAGAACUAGGAACAUCAUAUGAAUAUACGUUGUCCUAUGUCAACUCUCUCCCUCCGUCCUCACCAUCGGCACACGCUGCAGCUGUGGAUGCUAUCGCCACCGCACUUCGGCUACCCUCCCUAUUCGACUUCGACCCGUUAUUCCGCCUUGACGCCGUUGUAUCUGCAAAGGACCACGAGUUAUUCUCCCUGCUCCAGAUCUUCCUGAACGAGGGGCUUCCUGAAUACCACGCCUGGUCGGCGAGCCACGCGAAUGCGUUUGCCCAGUACGGGCUCGACAAGGAGCAGCUAGAGCGCAAGAUCAAACUCCUCAGCCUCACAACCCUCGGGUUCCAGAACAUUGGACAUGACCUGCCUUACGCCUCUAUAGCGUCCACGCUGCAAGUCGAGCCUUCUCAAGUCGAGCGCUGGGUCAUUGACGUUAUACGCGCGGGUCUUGUUUCCGGUCGUCUAUCCCAGACGACACAAACACUGCACAUCACUCGCGCAGCAGCGCGUGCGUUCGAGCGACCACAGUGGGAACUGCUGGAGAAACGACUGGGCCUCUGGAAGACUAGCAUUGCAGAGGUGCUCGAGGUCGUAGCCGCCGCCCGAAAGAACAAUACAACAGAGGCGGUAGGUGCUGCAGGGGCAAGCGCAGCACCAAAUGGCACAGAGACGCCCGUCAUUCCUGCAAAGACUGCGGCUGCAGCGUGA